AUGGGUAGUACACGACAGGUAUAUCUGUUGCCGUUGACAGACAACGGUGCGCCGGAUAUACCGGGUGGUUAUAUUUACUUACCACCGCCAACUACCCCCGCCUAUGUGCUGCGCUUCGUGAUUGAAGGUACAAGCUCGAUUUGUCGGAAAGGGAGCUUAUGGGUGAAUAUACCGGAGGAAGGCGCGAGAUUCGAUCGGUCGAAAUUUCGCCAAUUCACUCUUCAACCGGACUUUAACAAAGAUAUCCAUAUCGAUGUACCCAUAACCCAGGCUGGCGCGUUUGCUUUCUAUACCACCUACUCGCCUCUUCCCGAAUUCACGGCGUCGUCUCUUCCCUCACAGAAACAGGAGAAGAGCGAAGUUCACUAUGUCGAUGUGUCGCCGGCGUUGUCUCUGCGAGGCGCGGAAUUACCAUUGGAUGCUCUGUCUAUAUUCUCGGUUAUAUCCAAGUUCAUGGGAAAAUACCCAACUGACUGGGACGAUCAUCUCCGCGGCAUAUCGCAGCGAAAUUACAACAUGAUCCAUUUCACACCGCUGAUGCAAAGGGGUGAGUCCAAUUCGCCCUAUAGUAUCUAUGACCAGUUGCAAUUCGAUACGGGCGCAUUCCCCAAUGGCGAAAAGGAUGUUGCAGAGUUGGUGGACAAAAUGGCUACUGAAUACGGUUUGUUGGCGUUGACGGACGUCGUUUGGAAUCAUACUGCGAAUAACAGUAAGUGGCUUGAGGAACAUCCUGAAGCUGGAUAUAACAUUGAGACAGCGCCGUGGUUGGAGGCUGCUCUGGAACUUGAUACUGCCUUGCUCAAAUACGGAGAUGAUCUGGAGGAGCUUGGAUUGCCUACGGAAUUUCACAGCGUGGAUGAUCUGAUGAAAGUUAUCACUGAAAUGCGCAAGCAUGUCAUAGAUGCAAUCAAAUUGUGGGAGUUUUACGUUGUAGACGUGAAAGAGAAUACCAGCCGAAUCAUCAAAAAAUGGGCAAAUAGUCCAUCCUCGCCACCCAUUGACGGUGCUGAAUCAUGGAGUUUGAAGCAAAAAGCAGAUUUUAUUCGUCAAAAUGCUCUUCCUAACGCUUCUCGCAUUCUCGGGAGAUUCUCUCGAAAGGUGGAUGAGAAAGAAGCCUCGCGCUUGCUUGCUACUUUACACGGACCCAAGGACACAGCAGACAGCUCUGCAGUGGAAGCAGAACUUAUUCGCAUUCUCGACGAGGUCAACCUACCGUUCUAUGAAGAGUACGAUGCAGACGUCAAAGUCAUCUUGGAUCAAUUAUUCAAUCGCAUCAAGUAUGUCAGAAUUGAUGAUCAUGGGCCGAAACUGGGACCAGUGACCAAGACCAGUGCUCUUAUCGAAACCUACUUCACCCGGCUACCCACCAACGAAACAACCAGGAACCAUAAUUCGCGUUCUAUGGCACUGGUUAACAAUGGCUGGAUAUGGAAUGCUGAUGCUAUGAAAGACAACGCCGGUCCAGACUCUCGGGCAUACCUUCGUCGAGAAGUCAUUGUGUGGGGCGAUUGUGUUAAGCUGAGAUAUGGAUCCUCGCCUAAGGAUAACCCAUUUCUUUGGGAGUACAUGGCCAAAUAUACACGUCUUAUGGCCAAGUACUUCUCCGGUUUCCGAGUUGAUAAUUGCCACUCCACUCCUCUGGUGGUGGCCGAGUAUCUGCUCGAUGAAGCACGCAAAGUCCGACCAAACUUGACUGUCUUUGCCGAACUAUUCACUGGAUCUGAAGAAACUGACUAUGUCUUUGUGAAACGUUUGGGUCUGAGCGCGUUGAUCCGAGAAGCUAUGCAGGCAUGGAGCACCGCUGAAUUGAGUCGUUUGGUUCAUCGACAUGGAGGCCGACCAAUUGGAAGCUUUGAGCUUGAUCUUCCUACGGGAUCUUCUCCAGCAUCAACCGAGCAAGAAACCAUUGCCCAUAUCCGACAGAGUCCGGUGCAUGCACUAUUCAUGGACUGUACGCACGAUAAUGAAGUUCCAGCCCAGAAGAGAGAUGCAAGAGAUACAUUGCCAAAUGCUGCGUUGGUUGCAAUGUGUGCCUCUGCUACUGGUAGUGUGAUGGGAUAUGAUGAAAUAUACCCCAAACUCAUUGAUCUUGUUUCCGAAACUCGUUUGUAUACAUCCAAGUUCUCACGAAAUGAGACUCUUGAAGUUGGUCCCGGCGAGGGCGGUAUUGGCGGUAUAAAGAAACUUUUAAACCUGCUACAUACCAGGAUGGGCAAAGAGGGAUACGAUGAAACGCAUAUUCAUCACAAUGGAGAGUACAUUACUGUCCAUAGAGUACAUCCAAAGACACGGCAAGGUAUAUUCUUGAUCGCGCAUACGGCAUUCCCUGGGUAUGGCAAUGGAAACGGAACUCUUGCCCCAACUCACCUUAUUGGCACUCAUGCAAAGCUAAUUGGAAGCUGGAAACUGGAAGUCGAAGAUGGCGCAGAACCUCGAAAGCAGGUUCUCGAAGAUGAGACUUCUCUACGAGGUCUACCGAGCAAAGUCGUCGACAUUGAUGGUGCCAAAGUCAACAUCAAUGGAGCUGACUCCACUUUGAGUAUUACUGAGCAUCUAAUCCCCGGUUCCAUUGCAUUGUUCAAGACCUGGAUCCCAAGUGCCGAACAUGCAGAUGGACUGGAUCAUUACAUCACCAGUGGCGCUGACGAGGCAUUCUCAAAACUCAACCUGAUCGAUCUCAACUUCCUCCUUUAUAAAUGCGAAGCUGAAGAGAGAGAUUCCAGCAACGGGCAGGAUGGCGUGUACGCUAUUCCGAAUCAUGGUCCGUUAGUCUAUGCUGGUCUUCAGGGUUGGUGGAGUCUGCUUGAGAGCAUUAUCAAAUACAACGAACUCGCGCAUCCUUUAUGCGACCAUUUGCGCCAGGGACAGUGGGCAUUGGAUUAUAUUGUCGGUCGUUUGGAGAGGGCAAGCAAACAGGAAGUGUACAGUCGUCUCGAUGCGCCAGCAGCUUGGCUGCGAACACGUUUCGAUGUAGUCCGAACAUUACCCAGUUUUCUACUCCCGCGAUACUUUGCUAUUAUCGUGCAAAGUGCAUUCACCGCCGCAUGGCGACGGGGUAUUCAACUAUUCAGCAAGAACGUCCAACACGGUCAACAAUUCAUCCAUCAACUAGCCAUGGUCAGUGUGCAGCAAGUCGGCUACGUCAAUUCGGCAUCCUUGUGGCCAAUCAAGAGCGUACCCAGUCUGGCCGCUGGUCUCCCGCAUUUCGCUGUUGAUUGGGCACGGUGCUGGGGUCGUGACGUCUUCAUCUCACUCCGCGGUCUACUUCUUUGUACAGGUCGUUUUGAUGAAGCCAAAGAACAUAUCGUCGGUUUCGCCAGUGUUCUCAAACACGGAAUGAUUCCUAACCUGUUGAGUAGCGGCAAGCUACCGCGAUACAACUCUCGUGACUCGGUCUGGUUUUUCCUACAGGCUAUUCAGGAUUAUACCAAAAUGGUGCCUGACGGUAUCAAGAUUCUGGAUGCAAAAGUCCCACGACGAUUUUUACCGUAUGACGAUACCUGGUUUCCCUAUGAUGAUCCACGAGCGUACUCUCGAUCAUCAACGAUCCGAGAAAUCAUUCAAGAGGUAUUUCAACGGCAUGCAUCUGGACUUAGUUUCAGAGAAUACAACGCCGGGCCCACGCUUGAUGUUCAAAUGAAACCAGAAGGAUUCCAGAUUGAUGUGAAUGUUGACUGGGACACUGGUAUCAUCUUCGGCGGAAAUCAGUUCAACUGCGGUACAUGGAUGGAUAAAAUGGGUGAGAGUGAAAAGGCAGGAAGUAAAGGAGUUCCUGGAACGCCACGAGACGGCGCCGCUGUCGAGAUCACUGGCUUGUGUUAUAGUGCUUUGAAAUGGGUCGAAGAACUUUACUCAAACGGACAGUAUGAGCAUGCCGGAGUCAAGAUGGACUCUGGUGAGGAGACAAUUACAUUCACCGAAUGGGCAUCAAGAAUCAAAUCCAACUUUGAGCGAUGCUACUACAUCCCCCUCGACACCAAGGACGACAAAAACUAUGACAUUGAACCUUCCCUCGUCAACAGACGAGGCAUUUACAAGGAUCUCUAUCGCUCCGGAAAACCAUACGAAGAUUACCAACUCCGUGCCAACUUCCCAAUCGCCAUGACCGUUGCCCCCGAUCUCUUCGACCCCGAACACGCACUCCAAUGCCUCUCGCUCGCAGACUCAGUCCUCCUCGGCCCCACAGGAGUCAGAACACUAGAUCCGUCCGAUCUAAACUACAGACCUAAUUACAACAACUCCGAAGAUUCAACUGACUUCUCAACUUCAAAAGGACGAAACUACCACCAAGGACCGGAAUGGCUAUGGCCUCGCGGAUUCUUUUUACGGGCUUUGUUACGAUUCGAUUUAUUGAGACGUAAGGGGGAGCAUGAACGUACAGAGACGUUUCAGCAGGUUACUAGACGGUUGGAAGGGUGUAAGGUUGCGAUUAGGGAGAGUCCCUGGAAAGGGUUGACUGAAUUGACGAAUAUGGAUGGUGCUUUUUGUGCGGAUUCGUCCCCUACUCAGGCUUGGUCGGCGGGUUGUUUACUUGAUGUGUACUAUGAUGCAAGGUUUCAAGGUGGUUCACAUUGAUUAGAGAUUGGGGACCUCGGGAGAAGACGAAGGUGGAUGCUACGAACAUGACAUUCUGUCGUUGGAUGAGAGCGAAUUGAUAAACGUUUCAUUGCCUAAAAUAAAGUACUUGACUUUUCCUAAACCGUUGAAGUAAAUAUCAUGCUUGGCUACUUUUUGCGUUGACUUUGGAACGGAAAUAGAUAAGAGAAAUAUUUAUACAUUCAUAAAUAUAUGGUGAUGUCAAAAACGAAAUAUCUUAUAUGCACGCUUGCUAUAAUCAAAUGGGGUACUCGUGUAAGAAAAAUGCAAAGAAAAAUGCAUCAUGACAACCAAGCACAAAGCAGUUUUGGUAUAUACAAGGCGAUAGUCAUCGCCAUCGACCAGGAGAUGGUUUUGAUGCAGAGGUGGA